AUGAACAUCACCGUUGAAAGCACCCAUCCUGAGAUGCUUCUAAAUGCAGGAGAAAUCACACUUGGGACAGAAAGUAGGAAGAACAUGGAGAAUCAUGUCAGGGUAGAAGAGAACAGGAACGUCUCAAAAGCUCUAUGUGCUCUGAUGAAUUCUGGAGAGGGAAAGGUCAAGGUUCAAAGUAAAAACCGAGACUAUCUUCACUCCGAACAUGGAUUAGGAGAUGACUUGGAAACCUCCUUUAAGAGCAUUUUGCCAACUACACUCCCAGACUUCAAGCAAGUUCAAUCCGACUUAUUCAUCAGUGUAAAGUCACAGAGUCCAGAUACCUCUGUUGAGAAGCCUGCCACCAUUGCAACCAAUUUGUACAUGAGAAAUGGGGCGUCUUCAGUUGAAAUGAACUUUUAUGCUGCUAAGGAGUUCUUAGAAACAACGAAGGGUGCAGGAGGAAGGUCACCUUCAGCAAGGCCUUCAGAAAGGCCUGGUGAUGAGACGCAGGAAGAAGUCCAUGUGCAGAAGUUGGCUGAUGCUUUUUUUAAACAGUCAAAACUUACAAAAAUGGGAAAGUUCUCUUUUAGUGAAUCCAAAAAUGUUGAAUAUAAAUCCUUUGAAACAAAAAAGUUGCUGCAGCGAGUUAAAGAGAUUCUCCCUCGAACUGUUUCUGCCUUUGCCAACACUGAUGGGGGGUAUUUGUUUAUUGGUUUGGAUGAAAAAAACAAGCAGAUAGUUGGUUUUGAAGCAAAGAAUUGCCAGCCUAAGCGGUUAGAGAGUGAAAUAGAAAAGUGCAUCCAACAGCUGCCUGUCACUCACUUCUGUGAGGAGAAGGAGAAGAUCAAGUACACAUGCAAAUUCAUGGAAGUCCAUGAAUCCGGAGCUCUGUGUUCAUAUGUGUGUGCGCUCAGAGUGGAGAGAUUCUGCUGUGCAGUGUUCGCUGCACAUCCUGAAUCCUGGCACGUGGAAAAAGGUUGUGUGAAAAGGUUUACCGCAGAGGAAUGGGUUAAGCUCCGGAUGGCUUAGCCAGGUCAGGAAGGGGAAUUGGCAAUUAGAAUACAUUUAGCUAGGGAAGUUGGAAGGGUUUCUCUUGGAUUUGAGACAAAAUCAUUAGUCUUGAUUAUUCAGUUACUGAUCCUUGAUGUCUGGACUGCAUCUGUAACCUACCCAGGAGUCCACAUCCCUCUCUCCCUGGUUUUACCUCAAUUCCCUAACUCACUUGUAAAGAAAGCGCCUCCCAACAUCUCCCCCGUUGAGCUCCAUUUCAGGAGCUAGCAUGUCUUCCAGGAAUCCCCAAUUCAGUUUUCACUCCUACCCUUUCCCGUGUUCCUUUCUCCCUAACCUUCUCUCCUCUCAGUCACACUGUUAGACAAUGCUCGGCCCUGUGGUUUAUGAUGUGGAAAGUGCUGCACUGCUAUGUCCUUGCAAGAGGAAAGUCUCAGAAGCGGCCAGACCAGCACCAGCACCAGUACCAGUUCCCAGAACCAGCUGGGAACUCUGCCAAGUUCCCAGCAGCUGCUUCUGUCUCCCCCCAAGCUCACUGCUGCUUCAUGAGCCCCCUCCAACCUCUUG